AUGGAGAGUUAUUCUGCUUCUAACAGAGCGUUACAAGUUAAAAAUUCGUCCUCUGUAAAGCAAAGGCGAAGCGGAUAUGAGCCAUCUGAUACAGAGACCGAUUGGCAGGAAAGUCCAAGCCUGGAACUAAAUACAAAGAAUGUUGAUAUAAUUAUUGACACUGAAUCCCAACAGCAAAAUGUAUUAGCUUUUGAUCAAGCGAAGAACAAAUAUUCGAGUAUAAACCCGAGAAGGCCAAGCAAAUCCCCGUAUAAAUCGCGCAGAGAUGAAGGUGAUGUUCAUUUUCGUCGACUUGCUCUACGUGCACAACAUGUUAUUACUCCAUUUUCACAUUCAAAUGCUCGUAGAAAUGUAAGUCCCUUUUCAAAAUCCGAAUAUCGUAGACCACCUUCACAUUCAAAUGCUCGUAGAAAUGUAAGUCCCUUUUCAAAAUCCGAAUAUCGUAGACCACCUUCACAUUCAAAUGCUCGUAGAAAUGUAAGUCCCUUUUCAAAAUCCGAAUAUCGUAGACCACCUUCACAUUCAAAUGUUCGUAGAGAUGUUAGUCCUUUUUCAAAAUCUGAAUAUCGACGUAGACAUAAUUCAGUACAUAUAUCCAGGAGAGAGAAUUCAAAAGAGGAACAUCACCUUGACAAGCAAAGCUUUUCGAGUUCAACUAGAAAGCAAAAUAACAUAGUACUACUAAAAAAUGAGGUUGCAAUCCGUGCCAAAGCAAAUUAUAGUCGCAGGGCUAUAUCCGCUCCUAGACCUGCUCUUUUUGACACGUCCAAGGAUCGAAGAAGAACAGAAAUAACACGAUCCCCAACGUCGAGGACCUUGUCUUCUGUAGGUGAAAUGAAUGUAAUAUUAGCCAAUGCAAAGAUCUCAAGAGGCUCCAAUAUUCCAGCUGGUGUGAAUAAUAUGUUUCAAAGCACUGAAUCUAUUUCACCAAGUGAUGUUUUCUUUACUAAGGAAUAUUCAGCUUUUACCAUCGAAAAAAUUACCAUCCCUGAAAAUAGUGUCACACAUAGCAAAUUCAAUUCAAUGCCUCGGGUAUCGACUGAUAAAAAUGUCAGUUCUGUUAAUAAGACGCCCGCGAAUUUCAGUCAAAAUGGAAGGGGAAUUUCAACUAGCACUAUUGUAACAAGCAAUUCCAUUUCAAUGCCUCAGGUAUCGACUGAUAGAAAUGUCAGUUGUGUGAAUAAAAUGUCCGCAAAUUUCAAUCAGAGUGACAGGGGAAUUAUUUCAUCUAGUACUAUUGUGACACGAACAGCAACUACGAAUCCGAGUUCUGCUAUAAGUAGGCAGAGCAGUAAACUAAGUAAUGCUACAACAAGGACGAGUAGAAGUGCAAAAAACUUCACAGCAAAUAGGAAAAAGAGUAGUAGUCAAACAGAAGAAUGGUUUUCUUGUAUAAAGAAUGGAUCUUGUAGAAAAUCAAGAAAAGAUCAAUCUCCAGAAAGAGGGAGGCUUAUUAAUGAAGCUUCAGUAAUUGACAAGGCAUUUGUUGUUGAAAGUUUGAGACAAUUUUGGGCUGAUAAACAUCAACCAACUUCAUUGGAUGGAUUCAUUUGCAACAAGCAACAAGCUUUACUACUUAGUCAUCUUGUUUCUUCAAAUGAACCACUCCCACACAUCUUGUUCAAGGGUCCUCCGGGAUCUGGUAAAAGAGCAUUAUCGAUAGCUCUUUUGCGUGAAAUCUAUGGCGAUGCAAUUUGCAAUGAAACGAAGCCAGUUCAAGUCAUUGUACCAGUAAGCUCAAGUCCUCACCAUAUUGAGCUCAAUGUUCAUUUAGAGCCCAAUGCUAGAUUUGCAUUAUUGGCUUUGGUUAAGCAAAUAAGCAGUGAAUUUGCACUAACCCCGGAAGUAAGCAGGAUUAAUAUGAAGGCAGAUUCCAAAGUAUUAGUUCUUUACGACGUGGAUAAAUCUGAGGAGAACAUGCAACACUUAAUAAAAUGGAUCAUCGACUGUAAUUCAGAUGCUUGUAAGCUCAUUCUCUUCAGUGAAAGUGAUGCAUCUAUACUCGAGUUAGUGAGAAGUCGCUGCACGGUUAUUGAAGUUGAAGCUCCAGCAACUCAUGAAAUUGUGGAAGUUCUCAUUGAGAUAUCAAGAAAAGAAGACCUUGAACUAUCUAGGGGCUUUGCUGCUAAAAUAGCUACAAAAUCAAAGCAAAACAUGAGAAGAGCAAUAAUGGCUCUUGAAGCCUGCAAAGCACACAACUAUCCUUUUGCUGAGGAUCAACCAAUUUCAGUAGGAUGGGAAGAAUCUGUACUAGAACUUGCAGCGGAAAUUCUAACUGAUCCAACUCCAACAAGGUUAUUUUCUAUUCGGGGCAAGUUCCAAAAACUCCUAGUCGAGUUUGUGCACCCAAAACUUAUACUCCUGAAACUUGUUGAACAAUUCCUUAAGAGGGUUGAUGGAGGUUUAAAAAGGGAAAUAUAUUAUUGGCAUGCUUAUUAUGUAAGUUCUACCCCUUUAUUUUUCAAUUUUUAUUUGAGAAAAACUAAUAUAUGGAGUAACCCAAGGCCAUUUUCAGGACAAAAGACUCCCAAUUGGAACAAGCGCUCUCUUAAAAUUAGAAGAAUUUGUAGCCAAAAUUAUGAGCAUAUACAGGAAACGAUCGGGCAACAUUCAGCAGUAAAAUUGUGCCAAGUCAGACUAAAGGAGGCUAAAAUUGGUUAA